AUGGAUCGUGAAAAGCGACGAAGCGAAGAGCAUGAGGCGGAACUCGAUCGCAGAAUCGCCCUCAUUCGGGAAAAAAACCAGCAGAUUGAGCAACGCACCAAGGAGAUCGAAGAGGAUCGUGUACGCAAUGAGGAUUCGACAGCGAAAUCUCCAAAGUCAUCGUCUCAAACGCCUCCUAAAUUGACGACUCCAGACCGUAAUGGUAAUGGACAGUGGAGUCGCGAGUGGGACAAAGGAAAGACACCUGCCGAAACUUGGCGGGAGAAUGUGCCUUCGAUGGACUUGAAGGGUCGAUUGGCGGGUCAAAAUGGCGCUAAUACUAAUAAUAAUAAUAGCAGUAAUGGAAACGGAAAUCACACGAACAACGGCGGAAACGGUGGAUCUGGAGGAAACCGAAAAGGUGGAAAAGGAGGACAAAAUGGACCAAGGAAUCAGAAGGAUGAAGUGAAGAUUCCAUCGAGAUUGGAGGGUAGAAUUACUUUCCCUGGAAAACAACAAGACGAGAAAGAUGGAGGAAACAAAGGUGGAAAGCGGGGAAAUGCUGGAGGAAAAGAUGGAAAAAGUGGAAAUCAUGGAAAAGGUGGUAAUCAGAAAGAUGGACAGCAAGAGAAGAAGAAUUCGAUAACUGGUGCCGAUGGAGGAGAAGCCCACAAAGGUCAGAGAAGACGUGGAAGCCAAAAAGACCAAAAAGAACAGAAAGAGCCGAAGGAGCAGAAUGUGAAAGGCCAGAAGAAAGAGAAAUAUGGAAAAGGAAAAGUGCAACCGGUUGGAGAUAAGAGUGCCGAGGAUAAGAAGAAGAAUAAGAACAAUCGCACCCGUCGUGAGAGUGAUAACUACGCGGUUCGAAAGGUUGUUCACAGAAUGGUUGACAAAGUCUGUUGGAUGGAAAGAGUUGAGAAGAGAAAGGCAAAGAAUGAGUUGCUUGGAGAGCAUGAAGAGUUGGAAGAGGAACCGAAAAGUGAAGAUGAGGUUGAUGGACAAGACCAAGAAGCGGUAGUUGAAGAAAAUGAUCAAACAGCUGAUCAACCAUCUGAAACUCAAAAUGAAAAAGAUUCUGAGACAUCUCCAGAACAAGAAAAACAAGAAGAUAUCAAGUCUGAAACACCAGAAAAAGAGGAGACUUCUCAAGAAACUCUUCCAGAAGAAAAGAAAGAAGAUUCACCGAAACCAUCAGAAGAAUUGAAAGAAGAUAGCAACCAAAAUGUGAUCAAUUUGGUCCGGGAAAAAGUAGUGACCAUUGCAACAGCUCAAAUCCUUUAA